AUGACGGAGCCGGCGCCACUCACCACCUAUUUCGCUCCAUCUCAGAGUGAAGUUUUGCCACCGGAGACACCCUCGCUGCCAACAGGACCCGCAUCAGUCACCGUUGAGUUGCCGAGGAAGAAAGUCCAUGCAAAUCUUCAUAGCUUGCAGCGCAAGCAAACAAGAGUUGAGAUCAUGCCGCCGUUAUGCCAUUGCUCCGUCACCGAGACGUACUUGUCGGAUCCAUCAUCACGGCGACGUCGUCAUUGUCCCAUUUUUCUCUUCGUCAAUGUACGUCAACACCAUGUCAAAGUCCACGUCUCUUUCCCUUUCUCAACCAACCAGCAGCGACCAUUCACCUUCUCCAAUCCGUAG